AUGUCUUCCUAUGACAUUCAUCUUUCGGUGAAUGGAGCAGAAAGGCGAGAGCGACAUCGCGUCACGAAUCGUGACAGGGCGGUAUGGGAGCGCAAUCGAUCAAGAGACGAGAAGCUUGACUUACGAAACAGGCGAGAAAGGAUGCGCCUGAACCACAGCGCACCCGAAAGCAAUGGAAAGAAUCCAAAGCGUCAACUCUUCGGACCACCUGCUGAGCCACGAGCCUCCACUGAGAUGGUUUCACCCACUCCUUCAAAGACCACCAAUCUCAACGAUGAUAUGGAAAACGUCAACAGAGCGACACAUUCAUACUCUCCUUCUGUGGGAAGAACGACUCGCAGGAAGCUCGUCAUGCAAACUGAGAGCAUUCCCAGCAAACAAUUUGAAAUCACACCGCCUUCCUUGCACGGUAGCGUGAAUCCAGCCGUCCGACCCAGUCUCGUGGUCAAACUCAAGAUCCGGAGGCCAUCUGGGACCAUGAACGUUGAAACGCGUAGGAAGCACAAAUCACCGAGCAGCGAUGCGAUAACCAAGGAUGACACUGCUAUGAAGGAAGGUGCGGUCAGUCAGGGAACAAGCUAUGUCAGAACUCAUGAGUGGAGAAGGGAAACAAGAAGUACGGCACCUAUUACCAGGCGACGGCAAGGCGAUUUAGCAGCAGACGGAGCGCACAAUGAUACUGCACCGGAUCAUACAUAUCCUUCGACAAUAGCCGUUGCUUCAACCAUCUAUCAAAACAUGCGACGACUACAGAGUGGACUGAGCACUUGUUUUUCCCGAAAUUUGUUCUGUACUUUGUAA